AUGGAGGAGCCUUUGCCUGAUCAUGCUCAUAACUCUACUUGUUUAGAUCUAACCAUAGCCACAAUCUCUUCUUCUUCAGGGGAAAAUGGUGGAGUGGGAAUGAAAGAAGUGGACAUAAAUGAAGCAUUACAGCCAUCAGAAGAAUGCAUGGAGGAAGAAGAGGAUGAUCACGAAAUUAGCCCAAUUCCAGGCCCGGGCCCAGGCCCAGGCCCAAGAAAGAAACUCCGUCUCACCAAAGAACAGUCCCGUCUUCUUGAACAAAGCUUCUUACAAAAUCACACCUUAAACCAUAAACAGAAGGACGUUUUGGCCGUGGAAUUAAAAUUGAAACCAAGGCAAGUGGAAGUGUGGUUUCAAAACCGUAGGGCGAGGAGCAAGACGAAGCAAAGAGAGAUGGAGUGCGAGUACUUGAAGAAUUGGUUUGGAAGGCUAACGGAAGAAAACAAGAAGCUACAAAAGGAGGUCAGAGAUAUGAAGGCAGCACCGCCACAUAGCACCCUCACUAUGUGUCCCAGAUGUCAGCUUGUUGCCACCACCCUAUACAAACAUACCAUUUCAUCUUCAUAA